ACCCGAUGGGAAAUGCCGCAGGAUGGGCAGAACUGCGUGUGAUUCAGUGGCCCGACUGCAGGCGUCGGUGGCCAACGUCAAUAACCACGGCUCGACGGGGUGGUGGGAAGCAAGGGAACGCUGUCCAUGGAUGUGGAAUCAGAACCGUCACUUGCCCAAGGGUCGCUGGCAGUUGACUGCAAACUGGGACCGUACUCGACUAUGUUGCAGUGCAGCGACUGUGGGUCGGACAUGCAGCCCGCGUCGCGGUUCCCGUCUUCGAGGAGCCUGGGCGGCAAGGGCAUGGGCCCACCAUCACAUGGAGGUCUUGAAGGAGUUCAUGGGAAUGCAGAUUUCACUGCAGGGGAUGCGUGGAUGGGUGGUGUGGCGGACAUUUCUGGCACCCAGUACGGAGGGUGCUCCAGCGCCGGUUCGGAUGGGGAGUUUAGUGUGCGCGGGCGUUCUGACGUGUCCAGCAUUGACGGCAGCCUCCGAUGUGCACCUGCGGUUGGAGGGGGGGGUGAUGGUGAGCCUGCUGCAAAGGCAAAGGGCCGUGCAGCGGCGGGCGUAGGGGGCGGUGAGGGUGAACCUGCAACCACAGCCAGGAAUCGUGCACCGCCAGGCGGAGAUGGUUUAGGUGGAGAACCUGCAGCAAAAGGCAAGCCCCAUUCUCCUGAUUGGAGCACAGACGAGAGCGUGGGGCUGCUCACUUACCUAUUUGAGGAAGACGCUCUGCAAGAGAAGAGGAAAGGAAGACAGAAAAUGUGCACAAGGAGGGAGAGGUACGAGUGGAUCAUUACCAAGCUCGUCGAGAAAGGGUUCGAGGCCCGCAGCGUUGAAGAGUGUGAACGCAAGUUCUACAACCUGCUCGACUGCGGAAAGAGGAUCCGUGACUUUCACAAUAGAUCCGACGAUGAUGACACAGGUGGUCGGAGUGGCAGCCCCGCUUCGCGAAGGCGCGAUGGGAGUUACAGCGGUGAAGGGUCGAAGAGUGCACGUACGGCGGGGGGUGGUGGAAGCGCUCGCCGGAGCCGAUCCCAGUCAUCAGCGGAAGUGAACUGGGGGGGGGCUUUCGCUGAUGUGGCACAUUCAUUGGUGGAAUCGAAUGACAGACAGGCGGAGAAAUUGGCAGGGGCUUUUGCAAAUGCCAUGGAUGGCAUCAACAACACCCUCGCACAGGGCAAUGCCACGCUUCUCCAAUGUUUCACGAUGUUGUCCGGGGCACUGUCGGGACGACCUGCGCACAACGGACCGCAAAUAACGAAGGAGCAAUCACGGACGGGCCGGUUCGACAUGAACGCCCGGUGCCAUUCAUGCACUGCGGAGGCUGAUGAUAGAGCGGCGAAUGAUAAUAUAGAUCUGCCGAUGCCGGGUGCUCAAGAAGAGGUCCAGCAGACAUUGGAGGACAUUGACGAUCGUCAGCCAAUGGAGUGGAUAAAAACAAAUGUCGUCCCAAGUCGGGAGAGCAUUCGUGGUGGGGAACAGAGGUUGUACUGCACGAGAAUGAAGCGGAGUGUAGCAAAAGAUCUCCAGGGCCAAGAUUGUGCAUGUGAUGUGAGCAAGAACAGCCGCAAUGAAGGGUUGGAGCCACAAGCGACAUCAUCGAGAGAAAAUGAACCACCGCUCCAAUCAAAAGCCAAGGAAACUACUGUAAAAUAUCCAGGAAUACUGACUCAGCUGGACACUGUAUAUGCAAGCAUGGGCUUGUCGAAGCUCCCAAGAGACAAGCACUGUAAUAUGUUCCGAGAGGAGAAUGUGCAGCCUGGCGGGAUGGACGACAGCACAAUCAAGUUCACACUUCCCCCCGAAGAGGACGAAAAAUUGAUGCCGGGGGAUAAAAUUCGGGAGGAUAUGAAGGAGUUCACCGGAGGCCCGCACUUCCUGAGCCACAUUGGGACAUUGGUUGAGACAGAAGACCACCAAUGGGCCCAUCAUAUAUUAUGGCACCCGACACUUUUCGAGCUUUGCGUGUGGAACGGGAAAUGGCACAUGGCUCUGUUCAUCGCUGGGAAAAAUUGCUCGAGUACAGCGCAAGCUUACGAUCUUGAUUCCAGCGUGUCGAACUGUCAUGUCCAAUGGAAGCUCGCAAGUCGCGAAGCGAUGCACGAGUUUGAAGGCGACAUACAUCUUGGUAGCAGUCAACAAUUGGCAGAAGAAGAUGGCCACGCUUCGACAAGUGGAGUGGGACUUCCACUCGUGAUCACAGUGCAGAGUGAUGACUACGCUCAGGAGAAUGAGAAGAUGGAGAUUUAUGUUGGUGACAAGGACGAAACAACAAGAGAUACGACGAGGGCUGAAGAUCAAUCAUUGCAGCAUGCAUCGCACCAAGAAGAAUCUAUGGUGGACAAAGAGUCGGCCGGACACUUUCUAACCAUGACAUCCCCUAAGGUCUGCACGGGAUCGGGAACACAAAUGGUCACAGAAUCAAGCUCCAUGCAAGGAACUGAGCUGACAAGAGAAGAGACAUUGCCGCAGCAGGAGGGAAGAGAUGGUUUGCCAGGGGGCAUUCCUGAUUUGAUGCUUGGGCUGCAGUCUGAUAGCGACGCCCUGCGUGCUAUGCAAGGACCAGAGGAAACAUUCAAAGAAGGUGGUGAAGUUAGUAUGCAGCGGAUUAGUGAGUCACAUCAAGAGGAAAAGCGUAAGAGGGCAGAUGAUGACGAUGUCAUUGACAUCAUGACACAUUCAGGUGAGCAGCGAGAGCAUAGCGAGGACAGAGAGGGGAGACAGAAUGAGAAUGAGGAAGAGGAACACCGCCAAAAGAAGGAUGAUAUUAGCAAUGAGAAGUCGAGGAAAGGGAACACCACAGACAAUGUCGUGCCUAGACGUUCAGGGAGACCCGUUGCAAAGAAGAUACGGCUUAACGACUAGUUUUGUUGAUAUAAGUAGUGUUUGUCUAGGUGUGUGUGGGUGUCUGUGUAUAGGUGUAUGUGUGGUGUGUGUGUGUGUGUGUGUAUGUGUGUGUGUGUGUGUGUGGGGGGGGGCGGCGGCGGGGGCACGCAAAGAGAGUUAUACUCUAAUAACAAACACAUUGUUCGAUG